AUGGCCAUGAUACGCAUACGCGGCGCACUGCGCGAGCGAAAUGCCAUUGAGUCUGUGGCACUCCAACUUGACCAGACAGACACUGCAUGGUAUACCAUGUAUCGUUCUCGUCACAUUCCGUCCUUUCUCACCACAGUGUCAUUAACUCCCGAUGCAUUUGACGACCUGCUGCAUGUGUUUGCCACGGAGUAUACGGUCCUCUCCGGUCCCGGCCGUCGCGGGCGACCGCCACGUAUCCCGCACAAGCACGCGGUUUUGGCCAUGGUGCUUCACUACUACACUGCUGCGGUGGAACACAAGACCCUUCAAGAGCUCUUUGGCGUCCCACCAUCUACGUUUGCCCGUGUGCUUGCCAAAGCAGAAGAGGCUCUUGAACGAUCGCUCAGUCGAAUACCACAGGCCUCGGUGCAAUGGCCAUCGAUACCUGUUCAACAAGAAUGGUCCAGGCUGACGAACGAGCGUGAACCGCUUGUUGAAGGGGUGUUUGCUUUCGUUGACGGAAAGAACUACCGCGUGCAGGCACCCAGCAGCGCUGACCUACAGAAUGCGCACUAUAACGGUGGGCACAACUGCCCUGGCUCGUGGAACGAUGGGGAAGUCAGCCGUCAACUCCAAGCACGCUUGGCCGAUGAACGGUUCGUUGGCCCGGGGAUGAAGUGGGUCCUGCGCUGGAAGGAUUAUCACGCCACUGAAGGAGGGCGACCUGGACCGGCAACCGGCGGCAUGUCGUUUGGCACUCCAAACGAUGAGUGA